AUGGAGAGUCGCCGUUCCGAUACCGCUCCUGUAGUCCUGUUUGGAUAUGACUCGUCGCCGUUUACGAACAAAGUUCGAUUGACACUUCAACUGAAGCAAAUACCCUAUACGUUCGUCAUUGUCCCGUCGAUGAUGCCACGACCUAUCUUGAAAGAUCAUUUCAAUGUCACAUAUCGGAAGAUACCAGUCCUAGCCAUUGGCAGAGAGAUCUAUAUCGACACCUCUCUAAUCCUUGAAACCCUCGAACACCAAUUCCCGCCUUCAAAGGGCUAUGGCACCAUUUAUCCGUCUCCAACACCAUCGACGACCAAUCGCUGUCGUCCUUUGAUCCGAGGAUUUGCUUCAUACUGGACAGACCGCCCCUUGUUCCGAGUGACCACGGGCUUGAUCCCCAGCAGUGUCUGGCGAACACGUUUUGGCAUCGACCGAGCCAAUCUCAUUGGCCACAAACUCGACCCCGACAAGCUGGAGCGCAAAGUUCCCCAGAACCUAAGCGGGCUCGAUCUGCAUCUAAGCUUGCUCGAACCUCUUUUCUCACCGGGGUCUGAGGAACGGAAAUGGAUAUUCGAUGCCCCUACACCGAGCGCUGCGGACAUCGCGCUUUGGUACCAGCUAGACUGGGGUGAAAAAAUUAGUCGAGGUGAAGGGACCGAGGACUUAACCGGUGGUGGCACAUCUGAUAGACCGGGAGAGGGAAUGGAGGCCGUGUUCAAUGGCCAGAGAUAUCCUGGUUUGACAGCCUGGUUUGAACGUGUCAAGACAUUCUUCGAUGGUCUUCCCCGCAUGGAGACACGCGUGGAGAGAGAAGACAAGGGAGGAAUUCGGAAUCUACUUGACCGUUUGAAGCUAACCCGUCUUCUCGAGCAAACUCCCUUGCUUCCAACUCCCGCAAGACCUCAUACCUCCCUAGACAUGCGCAACGGCCUCGUCCCGGGCGCGGAAGUUGGGGUGGCACCUGAUGAUACUGGCAGAGACAGCCCAACCGUUGGGACGUUGGUGGCCGUGACACCGGAGGAAGUUGUUAUAACUCCACGGGACAAUGGGCAGGACACUAGCCUGGGGGAAUUGAGGAUCCAUUUCCCUCGUAUCGGGUUUGUGGCGAGACCAAUCGAGCGGGCGAGGUUGUGA